GUCUCAGUCUCUCAAGACCCCCAAAGCUGCUUGCUUGCAAUUGCUACUUUGCUUUGGUGUUCUCGUUUCUCUCUCAAAAUCUCCUCUUUUAUCAGUCAUAACCUCACCGUCGUUCUCAAAGCAGAGUUCAUGUGAAAGUUAGUAGCACACAGAAGAUCUGAGGACACUUUUUAUUUAAUUUUCGGUGGAACCACCAUUUAAUUUCCAAAAAAGCACCCCCACUUUGCUUCUGAUUCAGGGUGAAGACAUUUUGGUGGGUUUUACUGCUGGGCUGUUAUCUGAUAAGUUUCGGAACCCUUGAUGUUUUAUUUGGCAAUUUCAGUAUUAUGGGUUUAUCUUAAAUUUUGAUAUGUAUGCUGUUUUGCUGAUGGUUGUGCAUUUAAUUGGUGUGGAAAUUUGAAAGAGAAUGGUUUUUGUAGUGGGAGGGGAGUUUAUCAAACUUGUGGGUUCGCGGUUAAAUUUUUUGGGUAUGGCAUUGAUUUGAUGGGAUGAUUGACGUUGGAAGUUGGGUUGAGGAUUGUGUUGUCAUAACUGUGGUGGAAUUGGUGGGUGGCAAUCCAUUUGGAUUGAGGGGGACGGCUCAAGAGGGUUUUGGGCAGUGUUCGGUUUAAAGAAAAUGCCGUGCUCUUUGCUUGAUUUGGAAAAUUUUCUGCAUCUUGGUUGUUUGCUAUUUUGAUCAUGACUAGGGCUGUUCGCAAUAGGGUUCUUAAGGAUGUGAAUGGCGAUAUUAGUGAUCAUCUGCGUAACCACAUACAUUUGACAAACUGUAUUCAUUUAAAGAACCAUAUGCAUAAGCAUAGUCCCCUAUUGCAUGAUAGGUCCCUUAUGCGGGAUCUUAUUGUGCUUCAAAGGUCUCGUUCUCUUAGGGAUCCUUCGGCUAGUCCCCCACUGUGGCAUUCUCCAGUAAUUGCUGAUCUGCUUUCUAAAGAUGGGGAAAGACCUGAGAAUGGCAGGCGGUCAACUGGUGAAAAUUCAAGGGAUGCUGGAAGGCUAUCUCGCUGUUCCCCACCUCUUGACGGUCUUGAGGUUGGGGGAACUGAUUACCAAGCAGCAAUAGGCAGUGAGUACAGUAGUAAAAGUGGAGCUCGGGAUGUUAGGGGGGAUAGGGAGAAUGAAUCUAGCCGAUUGAGUGACCUUUCUGGUGGUAACCAAGGGGCUCAGUCUUAUGGGAAUGGAAAUGAGGUGUCCCAAGGAAUUUCUGGAAAUUCUGACAGAAAAAGCAGAAAGAGUGUUGCAUCCGGGAAAUAUAGCCAAGAGACUAACCCCAAAACACUCUCGCACCAGUUGCCUGAGAUCACAUUGGAUAGUGAUGGUGUACUCUCUUCGAACAAACAUCUUAAUGGGAGGCAGUCAAAACCUGUGAAGGUUUUGGAAGAAGCAGAACCUAGUGUUCGUGGUGCCUGCAGUGGUUUUAAUAGGGUGAAAAGGCGCAAAUUUAGGAGAGUAAAAAGAACACCAGGCACUAUGGCUCGGAGGGAUACCAGGGAUCAAAAUGAGAUAUCUGUGGCUUCAAAUUCAUCAGUAAAGGGCGUGGUGCAACAAAGGCGUCCAAUGGAUGAGGAAGAAGAUGAAGUAGGUGAUCAUAAUGUUUCAAGGGCUCCACGAAAUGGAUGCGGGAUACCGUUUAACUGGUCAAGGAUUCAUCAUAGAGGUAAAUCAAUUCUUGAUAUGGCUGGUAGAAGUUUGUCAUGUGGUUUGACCGACCCGAGGUUAAAAAGAGGUGGUCAGAUUCCCCAAGGUCGAGAUGCUUCUGACUUUCCUGCAGCAUCAGAUCAGUCUAGCUCUUGUAGUAAGUCUGAUGCUGAGGCAUUGCCUUUAUUGGUUGAUGGAUCUGAGAGCUCAGAUAAUGCUGCUUGGGCCCAUGAUUACUCUGGAGAGCUAGGCAUAUUUGCUGACAGCCUUUUGAAACGUGAUGUAGAAUCUGACCUUGCUUCUGAAGCUAGGUCUGGUGACCAACGCAAGUUAAGAGAGGGACGCCAUGCUAGACAUCAGAACUUGACACAGACAUACAUGCCUAGAACAUUCAGAGAUUUGGUUGGUCAGAACUUAGUUGCACAAGCUCUUUCGAAUGCCAUUGUUCGGAGGAAGGUGGGCUUGUUAUAUAUCUUCUAUGGGCCGCAUGGAACUGGGAAAACAUCCUCUGCACGCAUAUUUGCCAGAGCCUUAAAUUGCCAAUCGCCGGAACAUCCUAAACCUUGCGGCUAUUGUGGUUCUUGCAUUGCACACGAUAUGGGUAAAAGUAGAACUAUAAAAGAAAUUAGUCCUGUGAGUAAUUUCGACUUAGAAAGCAUUAUGGAUUUGUUUGAGAAUAUGAUGUUGUCUCAGCAGGCAUCUCAGUACAGAGUAUUCAUAUUUGAUGACUGUGAUACACUUUCGCAUGAUUGCUGGAGUGCAAUAUCCAAAGUUAUUGAUCGAGCACCCAGGCGUGUGGUUUUUGUCCUCAUAUGUUCGAGUCUGGAUGUUUUACCCCAUGUAAUAACAUCCAGGUGCCAGAAAUUUUUCUUUCCCAAAUUGAAAGAUGCAGAUAUUAUAUAUGCUUUACAGUGGAUUGCUACAAAAGAAGGUCUAGACAUUGAUCGGGAUGCAUUGAAGCUUAUUGCAUCCCGGUCAGAUGGUUCUUUGAGAGACGCUGAGAUGACGCUUGAGCAAUUAAGUUUACUGGGGCAAAGAAUCUCAGUGACACUGGUGCAGGAAUUGGUUGGUCUGAUCUCUGAUGAGAAGUUGGUUGAUCUACUUGACUUUGCUCUGUCUGCAGACACAGUUAAUACAGUCAAGAACCUGAGGGAAAUCAUGGAAAGUGGUGUUGAGCCAUUGGCUCUGAUGACCCAACUGGCUACUGUUAUAACUGAUGUACUGGCUGGUACAUACAACUUCACCAAAGAAAGGCGUAGAAGGAAAUUCUUUCGGCGGCAACCAUUAUCCAAAGAAGAUAUGGAAAAACUUCGUCAAGCAUUGAAAACUCUCUCGGAAGCUGAGAAGCAGCUAAGAAUGUCUAAUGACAAAUUGACUUGGCUAACAGCUGCAUUGCUUCAGCUUGCUCCUGAUCAGCAGUAUAUGUUGCCCAGUUCCUCUGCAGAAGACACUAGUUUUAAUCACAGUCCAUUGCCCCAGAACGAUGGUAGGGCUGUAACUAGAAAAGGCGGAAUGGAUCGUGCCAUAGUGUCCAAUACUGGGAGACAUUUGUCUACAGAUCGUGGAAUGGAGAAGUACCAUGAAAGCAGCCCUGGUGGUACCCACGAUGGUAGCAAGGUAUCAGGCAGCAGAAGGCAAGGUGUUAGGAUUGCAUCUCACGAGACUUCUACAUAUGAUGAUAUGAGAGUCACUGGGAAGCGAGGUAAAGGUCACACGGAAAUUGAAGACAUCUGGUUGGAGGUGCUACAGAAUAUUCAAAUCAGUUACAUACGAGAGUUCAUGUAUCAAGAAGGGAAGCUGAUCUCUGUCAGUUAUGGUGCAGCUCCAACUGUUCAAUUGUUGUUCAGUUCACAUCAGACCAAAUCCAAGGCAGAGAAGCUGAGGGAUUAUAUUGUGCAAGCAUUUGAAUCUGUACUUGGGUCUUCAGUGACAAUUGAAAUGAGAUCUGAAUCAAGAAAAGAUGCAAGGUUAGGUGGUUAUGCACCAGUUGUCUUGCCAACAUCUGAGAAUGGAUAUGGUGGUCCGAGCAGAAUGAUUUCAAAGAACAGGGUUAAUUCUGGAACCAGUGAAAUUGUUGAACUAGCAGGUUCUCCAAGGGAACAAAAGUUUAGUGACCAUGUUAAUAUUCAUGGGCAAGCAGAUAAGCGGGAUACUCGGACUAGUAAUGAAACAGGACCGUCAUUCAAACAUCCUGACUCAUCUACGGUACCUGAAAGAGGAAGUCUUGGGGAGCAAAAUCAGUGUAGAAGCCUGGUAAGAGGCAAAGUGUCUCUUGCCCAUGUGAUUCAGCAAGCAGAAGGAUCCUCCCAACGCAGUGCAUGGACAAAACGCAAAGCUGUAUCUAUUGCUGAAAAACUCGAGCAAGAUAAUCUGAGGUUGGAACCUAGAUCAAGAAGCUUGUUAUGUUGGAAAACAUCUCGAACAACAAGACGAAAGCUAUCAAGGUUAAAGAUUCGAGCACGAAGACCUCAUUCAUUGCUUAAGCUUAUAUCUUGUGGAAAGUGUCUCUCUUCCAGGUCGCCGAGGUAAAAUGACUGUGAUGGCUGUUGAGGCUUUUCCCACUGUGCAUCUGUAAUUGUAUUUUUAGAGUUAGUUUAUGAAUCUUGCAGCUUAUAAUUUCAAUUCCACCACUUUAGAUAGGCUCUUACGGAGUAAUAAAGCUUGUUUCGAAAUGUUAGGAAAUGGGUAGUAAGGCAGGGCACUAGGCAAUAGAAGUAGAAGAUAUUACGUUACGUAGCUUGGUCGUUUAUUUAUUUUUAUUUUUAUUUUUCUCUCUAAAUAUGCAGCAGUUGUAUUUUUAGUAAACCUUCAUUCAUGGCAAUGGAAAUCAUCUUAUGCCCUAA